UUCAUUUCCGCCUCCUGUCGCUCUUCCGGUGCGGAGACCACACACCCCGACCCCUCCGGGACCCCAUGGCUGCUCCCGGGCCGGUGGAGCUGGGCUUCGCCGAGGAGGCAGCGGCCUGGAGACUGCGCAGCGAGCAGUUCCCGAGCAAAGUGGGCGGGCGGCCCGCCUGGCUCGGCCUGACGGGGCUGCCGGGGCCCGGGGCGCUGGCGUGCGCGCGCUGUGGCCGCCCGCUCGCCUUCCUACUGCAGGUGUACGCGCCGCUGCCCGGCCGGGACGACGCCUUCCACCGCAGCCUCUUCCUCUUCUGCUGUCGCGAGCCGCCGUGCUGCGCCGGGCUGCGAGUUUUUCGUAAUCAGCUACCGAGGAAAAAUGUGUUUUACUCAUACGAGCCACCUUCUGAGACGGGAGGUUCAGACAGUGGAGAAUGUGCGUGCCUCCAGCUUAAGACAGGAGCCCGUCUCUGUAGGGUUUGUGGCUGCCUGGGCCCUAAAGCCUGCUCUAGGUGCAAGCAGGCACAUUACUGCAGUAAGGAGCAUCAGACACUGGACUGGCGGCUGGGACACAAGCAGGCUUGUGAACAGUCAGAUCCUUUAAACCAGACAAUUCCAGAUCACAACUUCCUGUUUCCAGAAUUUGAAAUUGUAACAGAAGCAGAAAAUGAGAUUAUACCUGAGGCUGUAGAAAUGGAAGAUUAUUCUGAUGUCACAGAAAGCAUGGGGAGAAUACCUGAGGAAGAACUAGAGUCCAUGGCAAAGCAUGAAUCCAAGGAAGAUCACAUUUUUCAAAAGUUUAAAUCCAAAAUAGCCCUUGAACCAGAACAGAUUCUCAGGUACGGAAGAGGUAUUAAACCCAUCUGGAUUUCUGGUGAAAAUAUCCCUCAUGAAAAAGAUAUUCCAGAUUGCCCCUGUGGUGCCAAGAGGAUAUUUGAAUUCCAGGUCAUGCCCCAGCUGCUAAACUACCUCAAGGCAGACAGACUGGGCAGAAGUGUGGACUGGGGCAUCCUGGCAGUCUUCACCUGUGCUGAGAGCUGUGACCUGGGCAUUGGUUACACAGAGGAGUUUGUGUGGAAACAGGAUGUGACAGAUACACCUGAACAAGGGUUAAAUCCUUAAAAAUGUUCCUUAUGCCUCAGGACCCCACAAUUCCAUCUCUAGGACUUUAUCCUAAGAAAGUAGUUACCAAAGACUUAUAUAAGUAUAAAAAUGUUGCUUGAUACAUUAUUUACAAUGUCUCUGUAUUACUAAAACAAGUGUCCAAUGAUGGGAAUUUCAUUUUUGUAUGUCCAUAAUGAAGGGUGAUACUGUUGGUGCUACGAACAUACAUGGAUGCCCAGAGGGGUACAGGGUAUAAAUACCAGGAUGCCAUACUGA